AUGUCCAGAGCAACCAGCUUCAUUAGCGCUGCAGCAAUUGUCGAGGCAAGUGGAUCGGUUGUGGGAAAAUACUCGUUUUUAACUAAAUGCUUAGAAUUUAGUGGAGUUCAUUGUCUUUGAUCUACGAACGUCAGUGACCGACCUAGACGAUGGAUGUAAUGGAAAUGGCGCUGGUUCGAGCAUUCUGAAUCCGGCGGAGUACAGGGGAUGAUCCAUGGCAGCCACCGUCAUAAUUAAUAACACGGUUAUGGCUGUUAUAUGACAGGAACAUAAGGGAACGAUUGCUCAGUGAGUAGUAUUCCCGAUUCAGCUGGGUGAAAUCAAGUGUUCAUAUAUUGUGCAGAUAAUCAAAGGAAUGGCAGGACGCAUGGCUUACAAUGCUGCAUACUGGCUUCAAACUGUGAAAACUGGCACUUUGCUGGCCCAGAAUAUGGCUCUUCAUAAAAGGACCAUGGCAGACAUGGUCAGUCAAAGGAGACGUACUCCAAGGGUCUGGGCCAGACCUACUCGUGCCCUGAUGGAUGAGCCAUUCCAGCUGGAGGUGGCCUGUCUUCCUCCACACUGUCCAGUCACGCUGCGUAGCACCUUGUACAGUGAGGGAAAUGAUCUCUGGGAGGCGUUCUCUCACUAUGUGAGUGAUGAGAGAGGAAGGGUAAACGUAUCAAAAGAUGAAUCUUUGGGGGGAUUAUAUAUUGGCCGUGAACCAAUGGGUCUGUUGUGGAGUCUGCGUCUAGCUGUUGGAGGGAGGCAGAAUAUCAGACUACGGAAAAAGAAUAUCCAGACACCUCUUGUCGUUGAUAUUUCCCUGUUUGAUGGUCAUAAUACAGAUAACUUUAAUACUCAGACUGCCCUAGCCAUGACAACCAUGGAGCGAUGGUACAUGGCACCAGGAGUGCGCCGCAUAGAGGUGCGAGAGAAUGGUGUGGUGGGCACCCUGUUUAUACCACCAGGGCCUGGUCCUUUCCCUGCUCUACUGGAUGUCUGGGGCCUGGCGGGAUUUAUAGAACACCGUGCAGCACUUCUGGCUUCUAGAGGCUAUGCCUGUUUGGCACUGGCGUACAUAAAUCACCCAGAACUGCAACUUGGCAGCGGCAUGGGUAUCAGCUACUUUCAGGAGUCUUGGAAGUUGCUGCAGUCUGUGCCACAAGUCUCAGCUGAUAGACUGGGUUUACUAGGAUCUUGUUUUGGAGCUGCUAUUUUCAUUCUGAUGGCUUCUGAGUUACCAGAUAUUUCUCCACGGUGUCUUGUUGCCAUUAAUUCCCCCAGUGGACUCCUCAACCCUGGAGAAGGAAAUUAUUUGGAGAAAAUGCAAAGGCUUCUACCUGAGCCAAAACUGGAUGCAAAUGGUCAUUUGAUGAUAAAAGAUGCCAUACUGGCAAUUGGAAUAGACCUGGAGAGGAGUUUACAGGCAAGUGGAAUUCAGUGUCCAGUAUUACUCGUUGUUGGAGAGGAUGAUCAGUGCGUUCCAGCUUUAGAAAGUGCCCAGAGGCUAGAAGCCCAGAUGAGGGCUGUGGGAAAGGGACAUCUGGUAACAAAACUUUCAUACCCUGAGGCUGGACACUUGAUAGAACCUCCCUACCACCCAGUUAUGAGAUCUUCAACCUUCAUCUUCCCAAACCAAACUGCCACCAUGCUUUGGGGUGGUGUUGGAAAACCACAUGCUGCUGCCCAGGAGGAUUCCUGGAGAAAGAUUCUUGAAUUUCUUGACAAACACCUUUAGAGGAAUGCUCAAUAUGGAUAUCAACUCCAAGUCCUGUACAAUAAAGUAGCCAUACACAGGU